AUGCUAGCAAAGCAAUGCUGGAGGUUGCUGAAAUGGCCUGACUCCUUGGCUGUUCGUGUCUUGAAGGAAAAAUACUACCCGGGUGUGGAUUUUUUGGAAUCCAAUUUAGGGAAGAAGCCUUCCUAUGCCUGGAGGAGCAUUUGGCAAGCUAAAGCCCUUCUUCAAGAAGGCCUCAUAUGGAGGGUGGGGAAUGGCUCGAGGAUUGAUUUGUGGAAGGACAAAUGGAUUCCAGCUACCCCUCACAAAAUUCUCGAUCCUGUGCGGAUUAUUUCAAGGGAUGCAAAGGUAGCUGAAAUCAUCAACUGGGAAGCCAACUGGUGGGACAUUCCCCUAAUUGAACAAAUCUUCUCGGAGGAAACAGUGGAGCAGAUUUGGACCAAAAAUGGUAGGUUCUCGGUUCAUAGUGCCUAUCACCUAGAAGUGGAGAGAAGGAAUAGGGGAAAUUGGAGUACUUCCUCGGUGCAAUCUGCUAUUCCUACUUGGAGACGCUUAUGGAAUCUAAAGCUACCCCGAUUCAUUCUAAUAUUCAUAUGGAGAGCAUGCAACGAUAUUCUUCCGACAAAAAUUAAUCUUUACAGGAGAAAGAUAGUUAUUGACCAACUUUGCCCGAUGUGCAACUCUGAGGCAGAAUCCAACGGGCAUGUCCUCUGGAGGUGCGACUCUGCCAAGGCGGUGUGGGGCAGCUGCAGGGGUCCCAUUCAAAAGACCUCGGUGGAGGCGGAGGAGUUUUUCGACAUCUUCGCUUUUCUCUGUGAUAGACUGGAGGAUAAAGACCUGGAACUGUUUGCCUCUGUCGCUUACAAAGUCUGGGCCCGCCGCAAUAUGGUGGUUUUUGGGGGCGCAGUGUUGCCCCCUUCCAUCCUAAUCCGAGAAGCCACCAAGAUUGUCGAAGAAUUUAGGAAGUCCCGUGAAGCCACUUCAGCUUUAGGGCCUAGGGGGCAGAUCUCGCAUGAUAGAUGGUUGAGACCGGCGGUAAACAGCAUCAAAUUCAACUGGGAUGCCGCGCUGGAUGACCGGAAGAAAAUCAUGGGCAUGGGUAUUAUCGCGAGGGACCACCAUGGGGAUGUGAAGGCUGCCAUGUGCGACGUUAUCCCCUAUAUUAGGGAUCCAUCUGUAGCGGAAGCCAUAGCGGCCCGUCGAGCUGUACAAUUCGCCCACAACAUGGGAGUCCAAUCGAUGGAGCUGGAGGGCGACGCCCGUGAGAUCAUCUUGGCUCUGAGGAGUUCUGCGGAGGUCGAUUCCAGUGUCGGGAAUUUGGUCCUCGAAGCUAGGCGGAUGCUGGAGACCUUCCCCUCUUGGAGAGUCUCUCACGUGAGACGAGAUGGGAAUAGGGCGGCACAUUUACUGGCAAAAUUUGCUAUCUCUCAGUAG